AUGGAUUUCCUACUCAUUCCAGACUACAUAGCACAAACGUCCCGACUCUUCAAUCCCCGCAGACGCAAAUGUUGGCUGGGAGGAACUCAAGUCCUCCAGUGGCGCGAAGUACAGAGUCAAGGCUUCCGACUACGACAUCACAGACAAGCCAACCGACGAAGCCAACGAGACGGAAGCCAGCGGCCCCUCUUUCAAGGACGUACGCGUCGAUUGGAAAAUCGGGUACCGAGGGAGCGCCUGACGAAGAUGUCCAGAGAAAGAACGGCAAUCACCUGGUACAAGCUCGCCGAAGCAGAGUGGUAUUCACCCUUCAAAUACAAGUUGACCAUCAACUGCAAGGAUACCUACUGCUACUUCUUCACCGACAAAGAUGAGCCUAAGCCUGAGACGUACAUGCUCAACGUCUUCCGAAACCCUGGCACGCACUCUCGAAUUCCGCUCCAAGAACCCGACUAUUGUCAGUAUCUCCAGUUGGUAGUACGCGAGAUAUUUCUAUGA